AUGAGUCUGAGCCAGUAUUCUACAUUAGUUGAAGAUCAAAUACAUAUUCAAUUAAAUAAUUAUGAUUGGUAUAUGGAUCGUCCCAGUAGACUUGAUGUGAGUCAUGGAGAUAGUUUGCCUAUGAAUAAAUUUGAUCAAAUUCCUAUUAUCAGAGUGUUUGGUAAACUACUAAGUGGUCAUCAGGUAUUAUGCCAUAUCCAUGGAGUCUUUCCCUAUUUCUUUGUCCCUUAUAAUGGAGAAAUAAGUGACUCCUCAGUAGUGAUGAAUCAAAAAUGUGCACAGUUACAUAAAGUAUUAGAAAGACGAAGUCUUAAUGGAAAAAAUGAUUCAAACAAUUUGAAAAAUGUGGCGAAUGUAUCAAUAGUGAAGGCAAUUCGCUUUUACGGGUAUCAUAAAGACUGGGAAUUGUUUUACAAGAUAUCCUUUUUAAACGUUUCUGUGAUGACUCAGGUAUGUGAAUUAUUUCGUGAGGGUAAAAUAUUUAAAAAAUCAGUAGAUACUUUUGAAAGUCAUAUCCCUUAUCUAUUACAAUUCAGUUGUGAUUAUAAUCUAUUUGGAUGUCAUUGGAUGUCAUUAGAAAAAUGUUAUUUCCGUGAUCCUGUUUUAAAUGAUAUCUUAGAUAUAAAUAAUUUAAUGUGGGAUGAUAAAAUCGGUAACUUUUUAAACAAGUUUUGUUCGGAAGAUAUGGUUCUAUCCCGUACUGAGUUUCCUCGAAUGGGUAAUGGGUUAUUAGAGAUAGAUGUGGUGGCCCAACAUAUCCGUAAUAGGGAUGAGCUGGAACUUGUUAAAGAUGGCGGAAUUAGUUCCACAAGAGGAGUAAAACGCGAAGUAGCACGAUUAAGGGAACUGUACGGAUUAGGUAAGUUUGUGGCGCCUAAAGAGCCAUUUCGGAGCAAGAAUGUGUCAGAAAGCGGGGAAGAAAAAACAGGCGAGAAUGUUCUCAGAGAAGUUCGGAGUAUGUUUGGUAAGCGGCUAGACCAGAUCCGGAAACCGAUAAAUGCUAUUGGGGAAUUAUGGCGUAAAGAUUUACCAUUUCAGGAAUCAGCAGGUAAUAGCUUGCCAUUUACAGUAACAGAUACGCCAACGUCUGUGAACGAAAUUGGAAAAACGAAUUUGCAAGGAAAUCAGCAAAAGGAUCAUCAAGAUCUAGUACUUUCGGAAUCUCCUGACAAGCUGCUAACUAAUAACAAAAGAUUAGCAUCUUUGAAUAUUUCCAAUGGAUCUUUUGAUAAUACAAGUGCUUUCAAAUAUAAAAAAUUAAAAAUAGGAUACAAUGAUAUUCUUAAUGAGAUUGAGCAAAUAUAUCAUAAGCCUAAAUACAAGUAUGAUGCUCCGUUUUACUCCAACCCGUUUGAUAAAAAAAAAUCAUUGUAUACUUAUGGAGGUCGUAAAUUUAAUGUAGGGAUCAAACAUCCUUUAUAUAGGCGAACUGUCAAGUAUCAAUCCAAUUCUGUUCGAAUGAAAGAAAAUGCAAGACCUAGAUAUAUCGUUAAAUGGAAAUAUAUACGACGCCCACCUUCAUUUGCUCAAGUUUGGAAAGAUACAAUAACCUUAGCUAAAGAAGAUAUGGAAAGAAAAAAUAAGAUAAAUAAAGAAUAUAAUCGAAGUUUAUGCGAAGAAAAAACAACAACUUCAAGCUUAAUCAAUAAUAAUCCACCAACACAUUUUAGUAUGGAAUGUUUUGCCACUUCUUCAAUUGGUAAAUUAUCUGAUCCGCAGAAAGAUGAAGUAAAGUUUGUGAUAUGGCAAUUAGAUGCAGAUAGUUAUCCUCUAUCACUUGGUACAUGUCAUGAAGGCAUCUUAGUAGUAGGGCAUUCAACAUUAGAGAGGCAAUUGAAAUAUUUCGAUUUAGGUGGAUUACGUGUUGCUGCUUAUGACAGUGAGAAUGAUUUAUUUGAUGCGUUGAUGGAUUUGGUGUUAUUAUUUGAUCCGGAUAUUCUUAGUGGGUAUGAAAUACAGAAUGGAUCAUGGGGAUAUGUUAUGGAACGUUGUAGAGCAAUAUAUAAAUAUGAAUUAGCGGAUGAAUUGUCGAGAAUUAAGGCCAGUUCGAACAAAUAUUUCAAAAGAGAAGGUGAAAUCAAUGUAGUGGGUAGAUAUGUGUUUAAUAUUUGGCGACAUAUGAGACAUGAAAUACGUCUUACAAGUUAUACUGUGGAGAAUGUAGCAUAUGAAGUACUAGGUCAGAGGAUUCCCCGAUAUUCUCAAGAUACGUUAAAUGAGAUGUGGUUUGAUAAGAGUAUUCGUCAAGUGGCUACACUUUUAAAAUAUUGGGUUGUGCGACUGAAAAUUAAUGUUAAAUUAUUGAUACAUUUUCAACUAAUACCAAGAAUCACAGAACAAGCAAGGCUUGUAGGAAUUGAUUUCCGUUCUGUGUAUCAUCGUGGGUCCCAAUAUAAAGUGGAAUCAUUCUUAACACGUAUUACUAAAAAUGAAAAUUUUUUAUUAUUCUCACCUAGUCGUUCUCAAGUACGUGCACAAAAGGCAUUGGAAUGUAUUCCCUUGGUGAUGGAACCUGAAUCAAGUUAUUAUCAAAGUCCGGUACUUGUAUUAGAUUUCCAAUCAUUAUAUCCUUCGAUUAUUUGUGGGUAUAAUUAUUGUUAUUCUACCAUGUUAGAUGAAAAUAAUAGACUAGACGUAAGGUCGAAAAACGUAUCACCCAAUGGAGUAGAAUUUGUAAAUACAACUAUCCGGGAAUCUAUACUUGGUCGAAUGUUACAAGAAUUAUUAGCUUGUCGUGUAAUGGUUAAGAGCACUCGUAAUGAAUUGCGUACGCAUGGUGGUGAAGCAAUCAAUGCAGCUGCACAACUGGAUGGUCAGCAACAAGCACUUAAACUCUUGGCCAAUGUUACUUAUGGGUAUGCUGCAGCCUCCUUUUCAGGUAGAAUGCCUUGUUCUUUGGUGGCUGAUAGUGUAGUAGAGACAGGAAGAGAAGUAUUACGAUCUGCCAUUGCCUUAAUUGGAGAAUCAGAAAAUGUUAAACGUUGGGGGGCGCGUGUGGUUUAUGGUGAUACAGAUUCAUUAUUUGUUCAUUUACCUGGUAAAACUCAUUCUGAUGGGUUCCGAAUUGCUAAAGAGAUUGUUGAUUCCAUUAACGCAUGUAAUCGUGCACCAAUACAAAUUAAAUUAGAAAAAGUGUAUCAACCAAGUCUAUUGUUAGGUAAGAAAAGAUAUGUUGGAUAUGCACAGGAACAUUUAAAUGGGCCCAUUACUUUUGAUGCCAAGGGAAUUGAAACUGUACGUCGUGAUGGAUGUCAUUUACAACAACGUAUUGUGGAACAAUGUUUGCGAAUAUUAUUCGAUUCAAAUGAUCUUUCUAAAGUGAAGGAGUAUUUACGUGAAGAAUUUGAUAGGAUAAGAAAUGGGUUAGUAUCACUUCCUGAGUUUUUCUUUGCACGUGAAGUGCGGUUGGGUCAUUAUCGUAGUAACAAGACAGCACCUGCUGGAGCACAUGUAGCUAUGAGGCAAGCUAAGAAUGAUAAACGUUCUAGACCACAAUAUCGAGAACGUGUUAAAUAUGUGGUAGUUAAGGGAGCUCAUGGAACUACCUUAAGAGACCGUAGUUUAACGCCUUUGGAAUAUUUAGAUGGUAAUUAUGAAUUAGAUUAUGAAUAUUAUGUGGGGAAAUGCUUAAUUCCACCUUUAGAGAGAUUAUUCAAUUGCUUAGGUAUUAGUGUAAAAGGAUGGGAUCUGGAAUUCCGACGAAUUGUGGGGAACACAAAUAAUAUAUUUUUUGAAUCUGCAUUAUGUGUACAUUGUCGUGUACGAUCACGCAAGAAGGAUGUUGAUGGUGUUGGAUGGUCACAAUUCUGUGAUGAAUGUUCACAGGAUCGACAGAAAUUAUGUGUAGAUUUGCUUACUCAGAAACGUAAUUUGGAGACGAAACAUGCAUGUGUUAAUUGGAAGUGUCGCGGUUGUAAUUUUGCUUAUACUGGUGAUAUAUUAGAUGCUGGAGCCGCGGAGAGGUGUAUUUCGGCCGAGUGUCCUAUAUUUUUUGAACGGGUCUCGGCCGAACAGUUAGAAUUGCUUAAUAAAGGGUUAGCUGAGCUUAACGAAUGGUAA